AUGAUCCCAGAUGUUUAUCCAUGUUUAUUUUUCGGCUGCCUCAGCGUUGAUUCAGAUCAGACUCUGCCGUACGAGGGCCUGAGGGCGAAGAGGCUGAACUGUCUGCUGGGUCCUCGCGGCUCGGAGGAGGCCAUGGAUUUAAUCAUUGAUUUACACAACACCACAGCGAACGUUGGAGACUGCCUGAUUCUUAACUCAUCCUCCAACCACUUCAGCAACCAGCUGGCUGCUUACAUACAGGAUGUAAAGAGCUGUUUAUCUGGCUUCCUACAGAGGAACUUGAAUGGAUUGAGAUGCAGAGUUUUGGCCCUGGAACUGAGAGCUGACAAAUUAUACGAUAUCACAUCAGUGGGGAAAAAUGACUUAGGAAUUGAACUGGGACCCCAGCCCCAGGGUGUAGCGAGGGCUGAGACUCUGGCAAGAAUGCGGCAAAUUGUCAAAGUGGCACUCGAUUUUGUCGAGCUAUUCAACCAAGGGACCGAAUUUGAGGAAUGUGACUUGGAAAUCUAUCGCCAGCUGAAGAAUUUGGAUUUCCCACGUGAUGCCCAGGGGGAAAUCUCCGCUCUAAUCCAUCCGGAUCGACAGGACCAGGACUGGGUGCCGCUGAAUCCGGGUGAUCCGAUGUUCCUGACCCUGGGAGGGGAGACGAUCACCUACAGCGGAAAUAAGACUGUCUAUCCUGUCUUCAUCAACGAGGCUGCUUACUAUGAGAAGAGAACUGCUUUCUCUAUGACCGAGAGAGUCAGUGUCCGUCUCCCUCGGAUACACAGGGAGGGCAAGAGCUCGUAGACAGGGGCCACUGCGGGGAUGGGGGCAAACGCAUAGCACACAGACUGACCACGUAUCCCUGGUGUGCAUCCCCGUCUCUCUCUCUCUGUCUCUCUCUCUCUCACUCUCUGUCUCUCUGUCUCUUUCUCUGUCUGUCUCUCUCUCUGUCUCUCUGUGUCUCUCUCUCUG